AUGGUCUCUCUCUGGAACACGGCGUCUUUGAUGGGCCUCUUCGGCGUCGGUUUGGGCGCGUAUGGCGCUCACGGGCUCACAAAACGCGUCAAGGAUCCGCACUUGCUGAAGUCUUGGUCAACAGCAAGUUACUAUCUGAUGUUUCACGCUGCUGCUCUUAUGGCCAUCUCCCUCCAUCCAAAGUAUAGUCAACGUUGGAGUGCUCCACUUAUUGCUACGGGCUGCACCAUGUUCUCUGGCAGCAUUUUUGGCCUCGUUCUCCUCCCUAAACACUUUGCCUCCAUUCGACGCGUCCUGGGUCCCGUAACCCCGCUGGGAGGGCUCACCAUGAUGGCCGGCUGGGCUACUAUGCUAGUGUAA